AAAUGUUGUAACGAUAAAUGUCGACCAAAGGAUAUGUAGCGCUAAUAGGCGCUUCUGUGUUACUGGGAUAUGCUAUUGUGAAUUAUCGUCUAAAGAUAACUCGACACGACGCAUUGAAAAGAUUCGAAAAAGGUGAAGACGGGCGGAUGGUAUCAUUCCAAUCUGUGUCAUUUGCACCAAAGAUUGAAACCGAUGGCAAGGACGUGAGUAGAGAACUAUUGGAAAAGUAUAUCGCCAACGAUAGAUUUAAAGUGAAGAAACAACUAUAGUUUAUCCACUAAUGGUUCACAAAUAUACGGAAUUGAAUAAGUGGGACCAGUAUUUCCCCUUUUUAAUCUCAUAAGACGACGGCCGAGGUUAACAUAGUGGACCAAAACCUUUAAGGAGUUGCGAUUAGAGUCGUCACCUGAA